AUGUCUCGUCUUCGCGACCCAGCGGAAUAUGUAUCGAAAGCAAAACAUAGGUGGGCCAGUCACAUCAUGAGAAGAAUCGACGAUAGAAGAGCUAAAAGAACGCUAGAAUGGAUCCCAAGAGAUGCUAAACGCCCUAGAGGAAGACCGCCAACGAAAUGGGGUGACGUGUUCGUUACACGGAUGGACCAGCUGAGAGCUCAGCUGGAUACGGCUCAAGAACCUCGUCAACGUCACUCACGAAACUUGAGAACAUCUUGGAUGAGAAUGGCAAAAUGA